GAACACACUGAUCGUGCACUGAGCACAGGUGCGUUCAAACUUUAUAAGUUAGAAAAGAAAAUCCAGGAGAAUUCUAGGUUUUCUUCAGUGUAGCUCGUUCUGUCUGCGUUGCCCCCCUGUGGCUGCUAUGGGGAACUACAGCUCUACAGAGAUUGAAGUUUUUAAAGGCAUUGUAUCAGCAGCAGGGAGCGAGACACACACACUACAGGACCAAGCGACAAAUAAUCAUGAUGAAGUUUGGGAUCGUCUGAGUGAAACGCUGCAGGAAUCCGACCUGCUCAAACUCAAAUUCCUCCACAACCUCUCAGAGACAGCUGGAGAACCUUCAGAACCUGAAACAGAAGGCUCUCCAUCUCCAGAGGUUCCCUCUGCCUCGUCUAACUCCUCGUCCCCGACCGUAUCGUCCCUCGUCUCUGCCCUCAGAUCCUCAAGUGCCUCCUCGUCAGGUCCUGAACCUCGUCCUGUCGCUCCCGGACCUCCGACUUUACAGAAACUCAAUGUGGAGCUUCAAGACAUGAGAGAGGAGCUGGAGCUGCUGAAGACUCAGCACAAGAAGGAAAUUAAACUCCUAAUGAACGAGCUGGAUGAGGAAAAGAAAAUGCGUCUUUCCCUGCAGGUCGAGGUCGAGCGCAUUAAGAAGCACAUGUCCAAAUAAAGCAUCAAAUAUGCGUCGCCUGGUGAAGACGUUUCCAUGACAACCGUGGAGGUGAAACACUCUCAGGGUGAAACAUCUCAGUGUUGAGGAGAAUGAGACGGGGUGCUUUGGGAAGAACUGUUCUUCAUCUCAUGUGUUCCAGGAGUGUGUGGAUCCUCAGCUGUAAGAAGUUCCUCCCUCUCUACCUUCGCACCUAGUGCUCUACUGACCAGAAAUAAACACACCCCCUGGUAGUGCACUCACUCUCAGAUCUUACUGAAUCUGUUUAGUUUAUCUAUUUUUCUUUUUUUUCUACAAAACACCAUGACUUUAAAAAAAAACUGUCUUCCCCUUACCAUAUAUGGUCAUAGUUUCCUGUUCAUGGUAAGCCCUUACACCUUGUGAUAAUUCCAGAAAACAAAUUAUUGUGAGAUCAUUAUAUUGAAGACAUUUUUAGGGAAUCAUGGGGUUGGGAUUAACCCCAGGGUUAAUCAUAUAAAAACAACAACA